UGUAAGGAAAUCCAAAUAAAAUCCAGACAACCAUGCCCGCGGCGGCGCACGGAGCGGCGCCCGCGGCUCGGCGGCUGCGACGAAGGGUGUGCUAGUCCGCAGCGCACGGGAUGGCGCCCGUUCGCGGCGCCUGCCCGCAGCGGCGCACGGAACUGCGCCCGUCCGCGGCGCACGCGGCGGCGACGAGGGUGCGGUCGUCCGCAUUGCACGGGGGGCGGCGCCAAGCGGAGCACCAGCGACGGCAGCAGCAGCCGCUCGUGGUGGGCUGGCAGCACUCGCUGCUGGUAGAUAGGCCGGUGGCGCUCGAUCCCAAACAAGGAGAUGCAAAUGGAUAUUCCACGAUGCUUGAGCGAGAUUUCCUCCGAUGACCACGCCGAUCUUUCAUGACUACCUGAUGUGUAAGGUUCCUGCCGAUUCCCCAUAGGGUUGUAGCCUCGAUUGGCGACUGUAUGCCAUGUUCAUCGGCAAAACUGGCUGCUAACCGUACCCUGUGUUCAUUGGCAAAAUUGGCUGCUAAUCGCACCCUGUGUUCAUUGGCAAAAUUGGCUGCUACGAUGCGUAGGUUAUGUAGUGUGUUGUUCAGCUGUGAUAGUUUAAGUGUGUGAUCUAAAGGGGUAGUAUGGGUAUGCUUGUCUUUUAUAAGUGUGCAUGUUUGAUGAGGAUAUAUUGUUAUAUAGUAAGGUAUAGUGUCUAGCAGCUAAUUGUCACUGAAUUGUGGUGUCUGUUGGCAAAGAUAUAUUUUUUUUAGUGGCACGUGGCAAAAACUAUCUUAUGCAAUGUCCAACGGCCAAUUUUGCCAUUCGAAUAUGGUCUAUGCCUUUUGCUUGCACCUAGUGAAAUAAAUACAGGGCUAAUAGCUGUUCGGAAUAUUGCGGUUUGCUGAAACAAAUAUCUGUUUUGUUUCCUGUUUCCCAUAUGGAAAGGGAGUUUGCUUAGUGUAGAAGAGAUCAAUGUCCCAUUUUGUAAGGGAGAAAGAAUAAAUGCUGUAUACUCUGCGGCAGUGAUUAGAUACCACUUAUGAGAAGGAUAACCUUGGUUUAAUCUCCUGAACCUGUCUGUCCAUCACAAGGCACUUAGUAUUGCCGUAUAGCAUCCAGCAAAGUAACAUUGGGGCAUGAUUAGGCCCAUAAUUAGGCAAUAGUCCGUCCCAGGUAAACUUAAACACUUCAAAAAGGUUAGGAUAAAGUAGUUUGGUAGCCUAAAGCAAACGUUUUCAAAGAUUCCUGUGGGUCCAGCAGACCUGCAUAGUUAACAUAGUCGUGUGUUGUUGCUUCAAAUGUCAUACUUCAUCCAGAAAAAUGCUUGGCUCAAAACAAUCAACGAGUUCACAAACCUCUAUGGGCAAUCCUUGUUAGGCAGGUAGACAGAUGAGUCAUGCGACACAUCCAUACUCAAAUGACUCUAUAUAUUCCUUGUUUUUGUUUCCAUGCCUCCUAGAAGCGCAGCACAUAUAUAGCUAUCUGCGACUUUGGAAAGGAUUAUUUAUUCCUUUAUCUCAACUGUAAGAAAGAGCUACAUAGGUUGCAUACCAUGGGUGCAUAUACGACAAUAGCUCCCGUUGUCAGCAAGAUCUUCUGCAGUUCUUCGCACGCUGUGCUGAUGGUGCGCAGGCGCCCUCCCACUGUCAAUGGUGGUGGCUUUGUCGUCACGGACCAGGAUCAGAGGGCCGUUUUCAGCGUCGAUGGCUGUGGGAUCAUAGGUGCUAGUGGACAGCUGAUUGUCAGGGAUGGUGAUGGCAAUGCAAUCUUGUUCAUUCACAAGAAGGGAGGUGUUGUUCAAGCGUUGUGUGUUAACAACUGGUGGAGAGGAUAUCUGACCGACUACGGUGAACCAAGCAAGCUGGUUUUCAGCUUGCAGGAUCCUAAGCCUGUCCUCUGCAUGAAGGGCGAUGUUCAGGUCACUGUGGAACCGAAGGGGAGAAACAGGCACUGGGAUUAUGAGGUGACUGGAUCUUUUGUCCAGAGAUCUUGUGCCAUCAAAAACCGAGCAGGCCAGGUCGCAGCGCAGAUUGGUGUGAAGGGGAUGAUGGCAGGGAGGGACUUCUACCAGGUGGUGGUGCAGCCAGGUUAUGACCAGGCCUUUGUAGUCGGCGUGAUUGCCAUCCUUGACAACAUUCAUGGAGAGUCAACAAGGUGUUGAUGCUAGUAGAGAUGGGAGCUGCUCAUCGUAUCCAUGUGUCGAUAAGAUUCAUUACACUAGCAAUUUGUUAAUACAAUUGUGUAGAUUGAUUGUUUAUUGAUCAUUACACUUUUUCUUAUGUGGAUAGGUUACCAUGUACA